UGUCUCCAAGCUAAUGCUAAACCCGGGAUCAAUACCAACCAUCCGGGAGCAGGCCAGUGAGGACACAUCCAAUUUUGAAGCUGCCAGCACCUCACAUGCUACCAGCAGAUUACCUGUGAUGACAGAUUCUGCAUGUCAGACUGACCCACCCAAGUACCGUACUGUUCGUACACAGCUAUCCUCGAGGACUCUUGGUUCACAUCGAAGUACAGCUGUCCAGGCUAAAAUUCCCUGCAGAAGCGUUGGUGUCGAAACACUUCCGUUGGAAGUGCCAGUGCCCUUUUUAACAUCCACCCCCUUAAAGAGACCACCAAAGAGGCCCCGUGUGGAUCUUGAAGAGGAAUACGAAGAUCCAUUUGAGGGAAGCUCUUCUUUAGUGAUUUCCGAAGGCCAGGAUGCAACUUAUGAUCCAGCAGAAUCCAUAACAAAUGCUACAGAAACAACAGCCAUGUCUGGUCAAGAACAAAACCCCCCCCAGACGAUCAACACAUACAUCGUGUAUGAGACCUGCCUCAUGGAGCUUUUUGAAUCAUGUCCUGUGUGCAAGCGUGUGUGUGAUGUACAAACCAGAAGGAUCGGUACAUUCAUAUCAGUGCAGCAGCUGUGCCCCCAUUGUCAGUUUACAAGAAACUGGAAUAGCCAGCCUGUUCUUGGGAGUACUCCAGUUGGAAACCUGCAGCUAUCAGUUGCAACAUAUGUCAACAGAGCAUCUUUCUACAAACUUUCAAAGGUCUUCAAACAAUGAAUAUGCAGCUAUGCAAAUACAACACCUUCCGAAGGCAUGCCAGGAUGUUCAUUGAGCCAGCGAUUGUUUCUUACUGGCAAAAAUCACAGGAAGGCAUGCUACAGAAGCUCCAUGCAGAGGAGAAAGUGAUAGUUGGUGGUGAUAUGAGGGCUGACUCCAGGCCACUAUGCAAAGUUCGGAAGCUACACUAUGGUGGACCUGAAGAACAACAAAGUCGUUGACCUCCAGUUGGUUCAGAGCAAUGAGGUUGGUGGAAGCUACCACAUGGAGUUAGAGGGCCUGAAAAGGAGUCUGGAGUUGUUAAAGGAACGUGGUGUGACUCUGGACUGUAUUGUCAUGGACAGACAUCUGCAAAUUCAGAAAUUCCUAAG